UCGCAACGAAUAUUUUAUUCGCGAAUUGCGCGGCUAUAGCCGCUGCCCGUGUACGUAGCAAUGAGUUCUAAACCUCUCAUAGCAAACGAGUUAUUGGCAUUCUUGAAGCAUGCCAUUGAUUAUAUGGACGAGAUCAGCAUCUUGCAGAUCUGCAAGUCUGCCUUCAAGGAAGCAGAGAUAUGCAGUGCUAAGUUGCUGUUGUUCCAGACGCUCGGCAAAAUCGACCAGAUGCCGUCUCGCCGGAGAGAUGGUACCGAGAAGAGUAUCCAGGACAUAAUCACCCUGAUGAAAGAGACUGACCCGGAUGACGUGCCCGAUUUCGUGGUGAAGGACCUGCACAAACUGCCGCCCAUCACGUUUGACCACGUCGACGUAACCAGGCUUCUUAAGGACAUUACAUCCCUCAAAGUUAGCCUGGCCGAGCUGCAGUCAAAAUUGGAGGUAUCAAAUAACACCAUAUGUGACUUACGUGCCGAGGUAGUGCUGUUACGCAGCGCUGUUUCGGUAACUGGGUCACCUGACGCCUCCAAUAUGAACACACGACAUGGAGCGGAAAACGCUGCGAUCAGCAGUUCGUUGGUGGCGAGUGCGUCACCCAUUAAAACUGCAAGCGUAGCAUCACGCGCCACCGCCGCCUGCGCUUCGACACCGGUGCAAGUACAGGCUUGUGUAGGUACGUUGACCCCUAAACGUGCCUAUGCAGAUAUCGUUGCCGAUAACCAAACUGAAUCGUCGCAGAAAAAGCAAGCGGCCAAUAUAAAACGGGGUCAAGCAAACCAGCCUAGUCUGAAAAAGGACAAGCAUGACAAUGAGGGCUUCAUUAAGGUAGAAAGGAAGAAGAAGCCUCUUUGCCGCAACCAGUGCGGUACCGCGCUGGCAGGACCCAACAUGCUGCUGCGUCCAGCGACACCCACGACGCUGCUGUACGUGUCCCGACUGCAUCACUCCACGAAGGCAGAGGAUGUCGUGGAGUAUUUGCGAGUGAAGACGAACUGGAUCUUGAGAGUAGAGAAGUUGGAGUCGCGCCACAAUAUUAACUUCAAGUCGUUCGUGGUGCGGGUUCCAACACAUGAUCUUGAAACCUUUCUCAAGGAACAGUUUUGGCCGAAGGGUAUCGUGUAUCGGCGUUUCCGUGGCCGGCUACGUGAUACCAGUCAGCGAAACACGACGCCGUCUCUUCGUGUGCAAUAAUUAUAAUUAUGAGUUUUGUUAUUGUAUAUCUAUUAGUUUAUUGAUGUUUAAAUUUUUUG